UCUGUGUUGAUCAAAACAAAUAACUAAUUUUACAAGACUUCAUCGGAGCUUCCUUUUAUUAUGUAUUAAUGGCAAUCAAUUUAAUGAAUCGAUAGUUUAUCAUUUUGAAUUAAUGCAUAUAUGCAGAACCCUUACUUCAGCCAAGCUUCAAAUCUGAUUACACUCUAAAUUUAGUUGAAACAAACAAUCCUUAAUUUCAUUUACCAAUAAAUGGAAGUCAUUGAUGACCCCAGCAAAUACAAGAUAACAGAAGCACCAUCUGAUGUAUAUUAUAUACCCAAUUUCAUUUCGGUUGAGGAAGAAAAUGAGAUAUUGAAGAAUGUAUAUAGUGCACCAAAACCCAAAUGGACAUAUUUAUCAAACAGACGUUUGCAAGAUUAUGGUGGAGUUCCACAUAAAAGAGGAAUGAUUCCAGAAAAAAUACCUCAUUGGUUGAAUAAAUAUAUGGAUCGAAUAAGGAAUUUGGGAGUUUUUGAGGGGACUUUACCUAAUCAAGUACUAGUUAAUGAGUAUAUGCCUGGACAAGGGAUUAUGCCGCACUUGGAUGGUCCCUUAUUUCAUCCAAUUGUUACAACGAUUAGUUGUGGUUCCCACACUAUUUUGAACUUCCUCAAUAAUGAUGUGAUAAGAAAUAAAGUCUGUGAGUUAUUAUUAGAGAGAUGUAGUCUUGUAAUCAUCAAAAAUGAUAUGUAUACCAAAUAUUUACAUUCCAUAGAUGAGAAAGAGUCUGAUACUAUAAGUAAUAAAUGCAUCAAUUUAGAACAAUGUUCUAGAAAAUUUAAAAUUGGAGAAAAUUUGAAAAGACAAACUAGGGUCUCUGUCACCAUAAGAAAUGUUCCCAAAGUACUAAAAGUUAAACUAACUGUUUAGAAUUUUAAUGAAUAAUUUCAUAUGACCAAACAAAAAUACAAUUUUCAAGAGAAUUCUAUGAAUUCACAAAUCAUUUCUAUUCAAAUAUACUUAUAUGAAAUAUA